AUGAUUAAACGCAAGCUGGUGUUCAUAAACUCGAGGCGCGGCAACCCGCUCAUCCUGCUCUCCGGCUACACGUACUCGGUGAAGGCCAUCAAGAAGCUCGGCGCUAACGUCAAGCGGCGGUGGCACUGUUCCACGCACAACGCGCGCGGCUGCCGUGCCAACUUGUGCACCAUCGACGGCGAAAUAAUCAUGAUGAAAACGAAUCACAACCACGACCCGGUGCACCAG